AUGGAUAACUAUUUACAUGUUAGUAGAAAAAAUACCAGAAGAAACGUUAUAGAUACAAAAGUUGGAAGAGGUCCAGAAAUAGGAAGUGACCACUAUUUAGUAGUAAUGAAAAUAAAACAAAAUAAGUCAGAUAAUAACAACAUUAACAAAAUCCAAGAAAAUAAAGAAGAAUAUGAACCUAUUAGGUCACAUACAUUGAGAAUUAAAGAAAAUACUGAGAACAACCAGAUAACCGAAAAUCAACAGCUAAGAAAUACUAAAGAAAAUAUAUAG